AUGUGUGUGCUUCUUUCAGAGAGCUCAGUUCCUGCUGAAGUUGUUGCUGCUGUGUAUGUCAACACAACAGCCAAUGAAAUCUACAAACACAACUUCCCCAACACCCUACUCUUGCCAAAAACUAUCGAGGGAAUGAUGUUACAGGAUUUUGAUAAACUGAACUUUGAUGUGAUUUUGAUGAGCCCACCAUGUCAGCCAUUCACCAGGAUUGGUUUGCAGGGAGAUGUUGCUGACCCCAGAACAAAGAGCUUCCUCUAUAUCCUGGAGCUUCUGCCAAGGCUUAGCAAGAGGCCGCGCUUCAUUCUGCUGGAGAAUGUGAAGGGCUUUGAGACCUCUGCUGCAAGGGAUGCUUUGCUUAAGACACUGAGAGAGUUUGACUACAGCUUUCAGGAGUUUCUGAUCUCACCAACAUCUCUUGGGAUACCAAACUCUAGGCUCAGAUAUUUCCUCAUUGCAAGGAGACCACCAGGAUCCUUCUCAUUCCCAACUUCAGCAGAGAUUAUAGAGGGCUUCCCCAUGUCUGAGUCCCCAAACAGUCUCGCUGUUCCACACAGUCACCUUACAUCAUCUGAGUGUGAGAGAGAAAAGACUGGGACGAUCAUUUUUAAGCUGGAGACAGAACAAGAGUUGGAAAGGAAGAGGAUCCAGGACAGUCAGGAAACAGUCCAGAGGCUGCAGGACUUCCUGCAGGAGGAUGAAGAAGGCAUGGAUCAGUAUCUGCUGCCCCCCAAAACUCUGCUCAGAUACGCAUUACUGAUGGAUGUAGUUCAGCCCAGCAGCAGGAGAUCAGUCUGCUUCACUAAAGGUUAUGGUCACUAUGUGGAGGGCACGGGCUCCGUCCUGCAGUCCUGUGUGCAUGUGGAGCUAGAGAGUGUGUUUAAGAGCUUGGAGCUGCUUUCUUAAGAGGACAAACUAAAGCAGCUUUCUCA